UUCCCAUAAGCUCAAUCGUGAAGUUUCCCACUAAUGUCGUCGAUUGGUGUGCAGGAAAAAUCAGCUGAGGAAGAUGAGUAGAGGCGCGGCGGCGGCUAAAGGCGGGAGGAAGAAGGGGUCGAUCUUCGUGAUCGACUGCUCGAAGCCGGUGGAGGAUAAGAUAAUGGAGAUCGCCUCGCUCGAGAAGUUCCUGCAGGAAAGGAUCAAGGUGGGAGGUAAGGCCGGUGCUCUCGGCGACUCCGUCGCAAUUUCCCGUGAGAAGAACAAGAUCACCGUCACCGCUGAUUCGGCUUUCUCCAAAAGGUACCUCAAGUAUUUGACCAAGAAAUACUUGAAGAAGCAUAAUGUGAGGGAUUGGCUUCGGGUGAUUGCUGCAAACAAAGAACGCAAUGUUUACGAACUUCGCUACUUCAACAUUGCCGAACAAGAGGGAGAGGAAGAAGACUAAACUUGCGAGCAUUUUUUUCAUGUUCUUCCCCUUCAGUUUAUCUCCAUUUUGUCAGGAAUACUUUUUUUGGAUUUGUUUAUGAGAUUGCAAUUUUGUUUAAUGUGAUGUUUUUUGUGUUGCCUUUUUGAGUUACAACUACUUGAGUCUUCAAUGGCAAUAGGUACUGGGUUUUCUCUUUCAAUGCAUAUUGAUAUCGCUACAAGGUGCCUUUGUUUCGAAAUGAUUUGUAAGGUUCAAUUGUUUCCAAUUCCUAAUUGAAAUUGAGUAUAAUGAUUCAUACCUAGUUUUAUUA